UCCUCCCCCAGGGACCUCCGUACCUGCGAUCACUGCGAUCACCUUCUUGACGGUGAUCCUGGUGAGCCGCUCACUGUAACGGGCUUGGCCCGUGAUGAACUGAGUGGGUUCCUUGGUAUUCACGGACUGAGCACUGAUGUUCAAUGCGAGACUCUCAGUCAACACAGAUCCAUCACAAUGACGCAGUUCCUGCCAUAAACGCCAUAUCAUAGCACACUGUCUCUAUAUAAGGGGGGUAAUUCCCCUGGGAGGAUUAGAGAGGACAAUUUUCAGUUCCAACAAGAAAGGGACAUUCUGAGGCUCCCUAACCCACUAUCUUGAUCCUUCAUUUUGUGUGGUCACUCUGGAAUCGUGACUCCAAUUCAAGCUUCGUUUCAUAC